GCAGUGUGCUAUCCUGCAGUCUUUUUUGUUCUCCCUAUCGCUCCAAAUUUAACAGAUGUUCCGACGCUCCUUUAUAGUUUUUCGGAAGUUCGGGACGAGGACAAACGGAAGGAAGCAUUCAGGAAGCAGCGAUCACGACAACGCGGAAAAUGAAGAGAAAGGGCAUGGCGUAUCGUUAUGAGGGAAGACCGAGAAGCGUGCACGUGGCGAGCUAGCCACCGAAAAUGUAUUGGUAAGGUGCCAUCUGCGCCCUGACGGUAAUAGGAACCGCUACGGAGGCAAUCGGGAGAAAAUUGACUUCUGAUUGCGUUGUGAAUAAGCAGGCUAUUGUCCAUGUGGGAAACUGAGCGGGCGCACAUGAUUUCGCCAGCAAGGCCACAUCGAGGCGGGAAGUUGCGUGCGUACGGAGGGGGCGGCUAGCUGGUCCGAUUUGUAGAGUCUCGGGGCGGGGCACACACACACACAGAGAGAGAGAGAGAGAGAGAGAGAGAGAGAGAGAGAGAGAGAGAGAGAGAGAGAGAGAGAGAGAGAGAGNAGAGAGAGAGAGAGAGAGAGAGAGAGAGAGAGAGAGAGAGAGAGAGAGAGAGAGAGAGAGAGAGAGAGAGAGAGAGAGAGAGAGAGAGGUAAAGAGGCGGGAAGAGACAUCGAUAUUCGGAUUUUGGAGUGAUCAAUGUUUCGUGGGGAUAGUUGGCGGGUUGCCGCUGUCCAGGGAGGAUCUGGGGGGAACAGAAGCGAAAAGAAAAUAAGGUUGUGAAUUGGCGCUGGGAGGAGAGGGGAGAGAAGACCGAAGUGGUCGGUCAGGGCCGAGACAGAGGUCGUUAGCGGGCCGGUGAGGGGAGGGCAGGCUAGAUAGGGCGCGGGAGUGAGAAACUCUUUAUCUUGUGCGAUGGACCAGGGUAAGCUUGGUUCCAACCAGCCGUCUGCAGGAGUUCGCGUGCCAUCGGUUCUUACUUCGAAUCAAAACGAGCCGUUCUACGAGCUUCUCCAAGCCUCGACUGGUGGUGGAGGAGGUGCUCAUUCCUCGGGCCUGGGGUCUCUCUCACCUUCUGCCCAAACCUCGGGGCCGGGUGGUGCAGGGUAUCAUCAUAAUCAUCACAAUAACCCAAGCGGAAUUCCCGUUGGCACGACCCCGCUGGUUGGCGAGGUUGCACCGGGAGACCUGCUGUCCCAUCUUGAUAUCUCAUCGGUAGAUAUUAAUCCUGCAGCUAUCAAGGCACCUGUCAGCGAGGGGCCACGUGGAGGAAGAGGCGACGACUUCAAACACGGAGGUCGCGUAGUAUCGUCAACAGCAGCCGCGAGCAACGGCCCGCAAUCUUUCCCGCCAUCCGAUUCCGAGAGGAGAGACGGUGGUAUGGGUGGAGGGGCACACACUGGAGGAAUGACUGGGCGGCAAGGGUCACGUGAUGCACCACCAUCAGAUGAUGCAUCGUAUCCGAACGUAUGGGGCCAUUCCCCGUCAACAUCAGGUUGGCGUGAGUCGAAUAUUGCACCGUCUAGGAACCGGGGGCCUGCACAUGAGAAUUUUGGGGAUGUCCCGCACUGGCGAGAGCCAGAGAUGCAGCUUCGCGGCCGAGGACCCACCCGAGACAGUGAUGAGCUAGAAAGAGACGAGCGCUCUACGAUGAUGGAAAAGGCUGCGGGAGUAGCACUGAGUGCCUCCGUGGCUGCGGCAGUUGAACGAGCGAUCAAGAGGCUGGUGGACAGGCAGGUUGAUGUGCUGGAAGAGCUCAAGCAGCGCGUGGAGAAGGUGGAGUCUGCAGUGGAGAGGCUGGAAGGGAUGACCUUUGACCUUCAGCGAAUGGGAGGUGACAAUCAUGGAGAACAGGAUGGGCGGCUGCGAGCUCUAGAGCAUCUUGUGCGUGAGGUUCUGCACAGUGUGCAAGUGCUGCGUGACAAGCAUGAGAUUGCAGAGGCACAUGCAGAACUUUCCAAACUGCAAUUGAGCAAGAUGAACACUAGCAAGGCGGACGAGGGCUCACCAACAGUUCCAACCUCGUUGGUUCCUCCUCAGAAUGUCGAAGUUCCAGGGAAUGCUGAGCUGACACCGUCAGUGUCAAAUUAUCAGCAGCAAUCUAUGGUAUCCUCUCAGCAGCCGAUCAUGGCCAUGGCACCGAAGCAGGACCAGAUGCAACAACAGCAGCAGUUGCAUCCUCCACCCCCAGUCCCUUCUACUCCUGUGCCUGCACCUCAUCCUCACACCCUGCAGCUCCAUGGGCACCAAGGUCCAUCGCCACCGCCCAUGGCACCCCCGCAGCAGCAACUGGCCCUGCCUGCACCUGCAUCACACAGCGCCAUGGUUCAACCGUCUCUCACAUCUGCUCCACAACAUGCAGUACCUCCCCCUCCCGCAAGCCAUCCCAGUGCAUAUGGUUCCCAACCAGAUGGUCAGCAACACUACCUGCCGCCCCAACAGCAGCAAAACCAGGGUCCACAGAUGCCACCACCACCACCUCAACAACAUCCAGCGCAUUCCGCACCGCCAUAUCAACCCCAGGCACGGCCAGAGCUUUCCCCGCAAUAUGGUGUGCCGCCUCCAGCUGGUCCUUACAGUGCCCCUCUUGAACCCCUGCCUUGUAACCCUCUGCCAGCUUACAGUGCGCAUAGUCAAGGGUUCAGCACUGCUCCGGACGCCAUGCCUCCAUAUAUGCCCUCUGGGUAUGGGCCUUCUCAGAGGGGGCAGCAACACCAUCCCUCCUAUGAUGGUCCAGCACCAGGUAGGUCUCAAGGUGGGAGUCCUGUUAUGAGAGUGCCACUUCCUCCCCCUUCUUCCGGUCAGUAUGCGCUUCCUCAUGCUGCACCUGUUCCCUAUGAGGCAAAUGCACCGUCCUCGUACCCUGGAGGCCCACAGUUCCGAGUUGCUCAACCAGUGCCCUCAGCUCCCGUGGGUGCCACGGUUCCCUACCCGCGUUUGCAGACGGCACAGCCUGUCUCCCAUCAGUCUGCAAACUCUGGAUCUGCUGUAUCCGGUGGUUCCUCAGGAGGUGGUGGUGAAAGAGCUUCUCUCACCACAAGUCGUGUCCCUAUUGACAAGGUCAUUAACGAUGUAGCUCAUAUGGGUUUUAAUAAGGAGGAUGUGCGAUCUGUCGUGAAGAGACUCACAGAGAAUGGGCAGUCAGUGGAUCUCAACGUUGUUUUAGAUAAGCUCAUGUCAGAAGGCAUUGGCAGCAGCGCAAAUGCCCCGAAGCCGGGGUGGUUUGGUCGGUGAUCAGUAAAUAAUAGGAUGUGCGGUAUAUACUAUAUAAUGUUUUGUCAUCAGUGACCUGACAUGCAUCAAGAGCUGGGAUGUAUCCCAGCCGUUAUCCUGUAAAGUCUCACACGGUGGGAACGUGUGUUUUCAUUUGAGUCGUUGGAUAAAUGGUAGAUCGGUAGUAAAAACAGAAGGAAGGGCAAGGAUGCAAAAAGUAGGGUCUGGGGUUGCCUCCCCUCUUGAAAGGAUGGCCUGCCGAUUCCAUCCUAUCUUUCCCUCCUUGGAAUGUAGUCGAGGAAUGGAAGGGAAAGACAGGGUGGCCGGUAUAGUUCUACAGGAAGGGAGCACGCAGUUGGAACUGGCGGGGCAAUUGAACAUAAUGUAGCAAGUUUCAACAGGAGGGUAUCUCUCUGUAGGAAGGGAACACAGAGGCGAAAGUGGCGGGGAGCAAGGGAAUGUAAUGUGUUUAUUUUUACGCGAAGGGGUGCAUGGAGUUGAAGGGAAGGUGUAAUGAUGCGUGUUGUGCUUUGGGUUGUUCAUCACUUCCAGGUGGGGUCAUAUGUCCCGUCUGGUGAGCCCAAGAACCGAUGCACUUUGUAAUCAGCUUUGACGUGUACCGGUCGGGUAGGUGGGGAGCCAGGGGUCUGACGAGUCCGAGAGUGGAUGCACUUUGUAAUAAUCUUUGAAGUUUAUGGUUUAGUUGGGUGGGCGGCCAGGGGAGAUCUGUGAUGAAGUGGAGUGAGCUCUGCGCCGGUGAACUUCUUUCAGGAAAAGGGUGGUAGAGCUCUGGCGCCUAGUGUUGCCUUCAGAUUAUGCUUUAUGGUUAUGGAUUAAGGCAUAUGCUGUGAAUACUGCCAGCAGCAAGACGAGGUGAGUCAGACAGUCUUCCUAGUUUCUUUGUUUUGCUCUGCUCCGUGUGCUAAAGUAUUUGCUGGAAAGGUGAGUGAACAACCGUCCGCCAGCAUCCACAGGACCCAUUGUAAAGAAAUAAACAGAGGAAUUAUUUGGGUGUAACGCCGUUAACUUCCUUACCGUUGCCGCAUGCCACAGGUCUUUCCCUGUUUGACGAACAUCGUGAGUGCAUAGGAAUCCUUCAUGUGCAGCAGUGCGGUGUAAGUGCUUGAAUUGUGCUCUCCGACUUGGUCGUUUCAUUUCUAUCUGCGAGGGUCGGAUUCUAAGAUGUGAUCACGGACGUGUCCUGGUGAUGCCACUUGACAGUCGAAGUGCUUUCUUGAUCAUGGACAAGUUGUGAUGGGGACUUUGUGAUCAUUCCAGAGACCCAUACGGAAUCCUGUGUUGUUGAGGGUUGGGCAAUUCUGUGCUUAAAGUUAUGUAAUCACAACUGAGUAUGGUUCUCUGGCUGCUAAGUCAUUUCUGUGCCAUCAUUUUGCU